AUGGAAUCAGUUUUUCUGAGUCAAUCAAAAAUGAAACAGCCUGCUGCAUCAGAUACUAGCUCAGAACUUUUGGCAUUUUCAAAAUCGUUUAAGAAGACACGAAAGGCCAGCAACAUGAUUUGUCGAAGUAAAUUUGAUUGCAGCAGAAAACAACGAAAAUAUCAUAAAUGUCGUCGGUCGGCAAGUUUACCGAAUUCCAAAGAUCUGUAUGCUGUUGUACGAGAUAAUGUAUUACCACAAAAUAUUAAACAGUAUUCAUCAUUACAAUUAUCUAAGUUGAAUUCUUCAAUGAGAAAGCAUUGUGAACGAUAUUCCUCAUUGGAUGAACUUUCUGCGUGGUAUUUUCAAAUGCGAAAUAUCAAUGAGGAAAGUUGUAUAGAUUGUCUACGCGAAUACAAACAUAAUUUGACAUUACCUACUUCGUGCGUUUCAUGCAAUAUUUACCAUGCUAUAGAUCACUUGGGGUCACAAUUAAAACUUAACGAUGUAGUAAGGUCGAGUGGGUCAAAAGAAAAAGAGACUAAAGCAGCGACAAAUUUAAAUUCUAACUUUACUCCGAGCAAUGAAAGACCAACUUUGCUUGAGACGAAUACUGCCGAAAAUUCGUCAAGUGCCUUCUAUAGAAUUAUCGAUGCGAUGCCUAACAUGAAUAUAUUGCGCACAAAAAAGAGUAUACCUCUCGUCAGUUUUGAAGGUAAGCAACUUGAAAAACAGUUUUAUCGUCGUGUACUAGCUAUGAAUGAUAAAGUGUUAAGAAUGGGCUUAGUUUCAGAACUUGUUGGAAGUAGAAAGGAGAAAAUAUACUAA